AUGCAUCACAGGAAGCAGCAUCACAGGAAGCAGCAUCACAGGAAAGCAGCAUCACAGGAAGCAGCAUCACAGGAAGCAGCAGCACAGGAAGCAGCAGCACAGGAAGCAGCAGCACAGGAAGCAGAGGGGGAGGAUGGGGAGGAGUCAGAGGAGGAGGGUGAUAAGGAGGGAAAGGAGAGAGAAGAGAGAGAAGAAGGCAAGGAGGAAGAGGAGGGAGAGGGGGGAGAGGAGGAAGAGGAGGACGAAGAGGGCGAAGAGGAGGAGGAAGAGGAGGAAAAGGAGGAGGAAGAGGAGGAAGAAGAGGAAGAGGAGGAAGAGGAGGAGGAAAAGGGUGAAGAGGAAGAGGAGUCAAAUACAGCAGCGGCACAGGAGGAGGAUGAAUUAGACCUUGCAACGGGGCUGGCUGUGGUAUUUGGGAGUAGGGCGGAUAGGAUUGCGUGGGAGGUGGAGGGGGGAUGGGGAGGAGAGGGGUCGAGAGAGAAGGGAGAAUUGGGAGGAGAGGGGAGGGAGGAGGGGUGUGAGGAACAGUAUGGGGCAGCGAGUGAGAGGGGGGCAGCAGAGAAGCGUUAUAUAUCCAUAGGUGAGGAGGGAGAGGAGUGGAGAGGGGAGUGCGUAGAGAGAAAGUAUAGGAGGGAGGAGGAGGAGGAUGGAGAGAGGGAUGGAGAGAGGUACGAAGGAGGAGGAGGAGGAGGAGGAGGAGGAGGAGGAGGAGGAGGAGGAGGAGGAGGAGGAGGAGGAGGAGGAGGAGGAGGAGGAGGAGGAGGAGGAGGAGGAGGAGGAGGAGGAGGGGAGGAAAGACGAGAAGGGAUGGAAAAAGGAGAAGGGAAGGGAGGUGGGAAUGGAGGAGAGGGAGUAAGGAAGGAGGAGGAGUGGGAGGAAUGGGAUAGAGAGUGGGCAAUAGAGGAUGCAGAGAAAGUGGGUCGGUUGCUGGUAGGGGGGAAGAGGAAGCGGGGAGGAAGGGGAGACGGGAAGGGAGUGGAGAACGAUAAGGGUGGUGAGAGUGAUGCGAGAUGCACGAGGAUAAAGAAAGAAGGAAAGGGAGUGAGGCAGGAAGGUAUGUUUGGUUCAAAACUCCCAAGGAAAGAUCCCCGAAAGAAGGAGCCGGCGUUUGAAGCGAAAGGGGAAGGACGUGAGGAAGAAAAUAUUAGUACAGGAAGGCUACAGCUAGGAGCAGGCGGCGGUAUUGGUGUUCAAGGUGCAACUUCUGCUGCAGUUUCAAGGGAGGGAGAAGCUUUUGAGAAUUCUCAACAGUUAAGGGCAGGCAAUAUGGGUGCUCAAGGGGUAACUUCUGCUGCUGUUUCAAGGGAGGGAGAAAAGCUGGAAGCAGCAGCGAGUCUGUGGCAGAGGGAUAGUAUUGUGGAUAGUGAGCUCACAGCACCUAGCAAGGCACAGAGGGAGGGAGGAGGGAAGCUGGGAGCAGCAGUGAGGUUGUGGCAGCGGGUGGUACAGCAGUGGGGGGUGUACCGGAGGUGGCUCAAGCUGGUGGCGCUGCAUUGCCCCAACCUGCAGUUUGAAGUGAUGAUUGAACGCGCCAGGUCGAACCACCACUCGGCUACACCGACAGUCUAUGACAAGGGGGUCAUCAGCUUCAGGAGCAAUGUGCUUUUAGCCUUUGGCCUGCGCCGCCGCUUUCAAGAGUCUCUCCUUCUUCUCAUCGACGCCGCUCACACUGCUUUCUACGCCCCAACGCACGGCACUUCCGCUUCAAGUGCUGCUGCAAUAGUCCCUGACACAGCGCACCUGGUUCCACUGCUAAAGCAGAUUAAGCAUCUCUUUCAA